AUGGCGGCAUGUGCAGCGCGGCGCAGCUUGUCGGGGCUCACCCGGUGGCUGCGGGGAGGCCUCUCAUACAGCGCGGGCGCUGAGCUCCGGCAGGCCCGGUCUGCUCUGCUGAGGCCUGUCUGCGGCUGUCGCUUCCAGCAGGACCGGACGCUGUCCUCUAGAAACCGACCAGAAGGUAAAGUCUUGGAGACAGUGGGGGUGUUUGAGCUGCCAAAGCAACAGGGAAAAUAUGAAACGGGUCAGCUCUUCCUGCACAGCAUAUUUGGAUACCGAGGCAUCGUACUCUUUCCAUGGCAGGCGAGAUUAUACGACCGAGAUGUCGCUUCACCUGUCUCAGAAAAGUCAGAGACUUCAGCAGUUCAUGGAUCCAAAGAGGUCAAGGGCAAGACGCACACCUAUUACCAAGUACUAAUAGAUGCUCGUGACUGCCCCCACAUAUCACAAAGAUCACAGACAGAAGCCGUGACGUUCCUUGCAAAUCAUGAUGAUAGUCGAGCUUUGUAUGCAAUUCCUGGUUUAGAUUAUGUAAGUCAUGAGGAUAUACUUCCCUACAACUCUACUGAUCAAAUCCCCAUACAGCAUGAACUAUUUGAAAGGUUCCUAAGCCAUGAUCAAACCAAAGUGCCACCGUUUGUAGCACGUGAAACACUUCAUGCGUGGCAGGAGAAGAAUCAUCCUUGGCUGGAGCUGUCUGAUGUGCAUAGGGAGACAACUGAGAAUAUCCGUGUCACAGUGAUUCCCUUCUACAUGGGAAUGAGGGAAGCUCAGAAUUCCCAUGUCUAUUGGUGGCGUUACUGCAUCCGUCUGGAGAACCUCAGUGUUGAAGUAGUUCAGUUGAGAGAGCGUCAUUGGCGGAUUUUCAGCCUCUCUGGUACGCUGGAGACUGUGAGAGGUCGUGGUGUUGUGGGCCGGGAGCCAGUACUUUCCAAGGAGCAGCCAGCUUUCCAGUACAGUAGUCAUGUAUCCCUGCAGGCUUCCAGUGGCCAUAUGUGGGGAACGUUCCGGUUUGAGCGACCUGAUGGUUCACAUUUUGAUGUCAGAAUUCCACCUUUCUCUCUGGAAAGUAACAAAGAUGAGAAAACUCCCCCAUCUGGUCUUCACUGGUAGCGAUAUUGUCCACACACAGCCUUGACUAAAACGCACUUUAUCAGGCCAUUGUGUUCCAGGGAUUGUCAGAAGGAAGCUCUGGUAUAUUUGCUUCCCCAGAUCCCUUUUUGUCUAGUUUUUAAGAGGAGGAUUUGUAUUGGGAUCCACCUUCUUAAUACAGAAGCUGCUGUGUUCAUAGUAAAUUCCCACAAAGCUGAGCCUUCCAAAUCACCCAAGAGCCUGGUUGGGAAUUAAAGUUUGUAUUUUUUUUUUUCAUUUUUUUUUUUUCAAUAAAGCAA